GCUCUAUCCACAUCCGGGGCUACAAUCGUUGUGGCUGGCUGGCUAAUAGUUAGGUAGCUAAUAAGAGUCGGGCACUCUUUGAAUUAUGCUCUUUAAGAUCCACUAUUAACGGACAGUAACAUCGGCAUUUAGGCCGUCUCUUUGCCCUUUUCGGCCUCCGUUAGCACUAUGACUCGCUGGCUAGCCUCACAGCCCCUCUUAGCAAUACGAGAUCUUGGCGGCUCCAUGCAGUCCAAGAUCGCCUGUCGACGUCACUAGCUUCUUGCAUCCGUUCUUAGAGUCCAUCACCAGAUCUCACUCUUCACGAGAGGAGCUGCCCAUAAGUGAAAACUACCAGUGUUAUAUAAGUGCGAAUGCCUUCCGCCAUCUUGGUGAGAAUUUUAUAUACAUCAUCAACCGAUAGAGUAUUAUAACAUACAAUCAACAAUAAUAUAUAAUUCAUCAACCACCAAUCUACACCCCUAUCCUAUCCCAUACCAUACUUGAUAUAAUAAUACACAUCACAUCACAUCACAUCACAUCAAAAUGCGCGGCUUCAUCUCAACCAUCACCACUCUCCUACCUUUGGCAGCUGCGGCGCCAUUGGAACUUUACAACCGCGACAGCAAUCCAGGUUGCCAAGACGCCUCUUUUGGCGAUUUCGAAUGGACGAUUGAAAACUUCGACUACCAUGCGUCUUACAUUUUCAGCACACCCGCCCAUCAAAAUUCGUGGGGUUAUGUAAACUUCAACCUAACAAACCCGGCUCUCGAGUACCAAGCUAUUUGCAGUGCCUCUAGCAACCAGCUCUCCGACUUCUUCUACGGCACAUUUGCGUACACCUGCACUGUUCCGGAGGGCCACACUACAAAGACUACUUUCGACUUCAGCCGCCCUAGUGGCAAGUUGAACGUCAACCAAACUUGGACGUGCAGCGACACCGAUCCCACAUACCCUACUACCGUCAAUGCUUAUGGUACCGUCGAUCUAGAUCUCUCCUGCACCGAUGAGACGUGGACCAACCCUAACUGGACGCUCGGUCAAAUCUACACGGCUCGUACAGUCCAGUGCGAGCCGGUAACAUUACCACUAAAACCCUACGAAAUGACUGCCGUCGCAUAAGGCGCUCCUUAAAUUUCCUGGGUAUUUUAAUGACGGAUUAUGAGGAAUAUAUAGCGGGGUUUGGAAAAGGGAUUACCAUCACGACAUCAUGAUAUAUUGACUGAUCAUAGACACACAUAGGCAUCGAGCCAUCGAUAUAGAAAUUAAUUAUAAUACAAGUCAAUCGCUUGAUUA